CAUCAAGCCUCACUUCCUUCGCAACCUCAGCCCAUGGCAGCUUCGACGAACCUGCCCGCCAUCGCCUCUCCACCACCGUCCUCAACGCUGCAUCCGCUUCUACCCACCCAGUCACUCACCCAUCUCUCCUCGUUUCUACCUGUCCCAGUCUCAUCAUGGCGACGCGCCGCAUUGUCAGCUCCGAAAAGACCAUCCUCGAGAAGGAUGACCAUGGGGAGGAAAAGUCCAACAUCAGCCCCGUUGUGCCAACUCAUGUCAUACUGAAGCUCCUUGGCUUCACUCUCGCCAUGAUUGUCGUCCCCAUCGGCUCGUAUUUCCUCACUGUCGAUACCGUCUUCAAGGGCAACUCAUCAUAUGCCGGUGGCCUGGCCGCGUUGCUGGCUAAUGCUGUGCUGGUUGCCUACGUCGUCGUGGCCAUGAAGGAGGAUCAGUCCGAACUGAACGCUGCCUCCCGACAAGAGACCAAGAAGGAUCGUUGAUCCCAAGCGUAAUGUGUACUGUUGUCUUUCGCUGUAAACAAAACAUGCCAUUCGUCGCAAAUAUAUCAC